UUGUUCCGGGUAAAAGACAGUGUUUCCGACAGUAAAGAUGGCAGCCACCAAGAGGAGAGUGUUUGUGGUGGGAGUAGGAAUGACCAAGUUUGAAAAGCCUGGGGACCUAGACUAUCCUGACAUGGCAAAAGAAGCAGCGGAGAAGGCGCUGGCUGACGCAGGCAUUGCAUAUUCUGCUGUGGAACAAGCUUGUGUGGGUUACGUGUACGGUGACUCAACUUGUGGCCAGCGUGCAAUCUACCACAGUUUGGGGUUGACUGGAAUUCCCAUCAUUAAUGUUAACAACAACUGCUCGACUGGUUCUACAGCCCUGUUCAUGGCUAGACAGCUGAUACAAGGAGGACUGGCUGACUGUACCCUUGCUUUGGGAUUUGAAAAAAUGGAAAGAGGAUCUCUUACUUCUAAGUUCCUAGACAGGACCAAUCCCAUGGACAAACACUGCGAGGUGCUGAAUAAUAAGUAUGGGAUAUCUGCAGCUCCAGUAACACCACAAUUAUUUGGAAGUGCUGGCAAAGAGCACAUGGAGAAAUAUGGGACAAAACCAGAGCAUUUUGCCAAGAUAGCUUGGAAAAAUCACAAGCAUUCUACAAAUAACCCAUAUUCCCAGUUCCAAAAGGAGUUCACACUUGAUCAGGUGAUGAAGUCUCGUCAGGUCUUUGAAUUCCUGACUCUCCUGCAGUGCUGCCCAACAUCUAAUGGGGCAGGAGCAGCAAUCCUGGCAAGUGAGAAAUUUGUACGGAGACAUGGUCUGGAGUCCAAAGCAGUCGAAAUCCUUGCCCAGGAAAUGGUAACUGAUUUGGCCAGCACCUUUCAGGAAAACAGCUGCAUUAAGGCGGUUGGGUUUGAUAUGACAAAGGAAGCAGCAAGAAAAUGUUUUGAGGAAUCUGGUAUGAAGCCCACUGAUGUGGAUGUCAUUGAACUUCAUGACUGCUUUUCAGCUAAUGAACUCAUUACUUAUGAAGCCCUUGGGCUUUGUUCUGAAGGUAAAGCUGGAGAAUUGGUCGACAGAGGUGAUAAUACAUACGGUGGAAAAUGGGUCAUAAAUCCAAGUGGCGGACUGAUAUCAAAAGGUCAUCCAUUGGGUGCCACAGGUCUGGCCCAGUGUGCUGAACUGUGCUGGCAGCUGAGAGGCGAAGCCGACAAGAGGCAAGUUCCUGGGGCAAAGGUCGCCUUGCAACAUAACAUCGGCCUUGGUGGUGCUGUAGUUGUAACAAUAUACAGGAUGGGUUUCCCAGAUCAUGUGCGAAACCAAUACAUCCAAGCAGUUCCGACCAGUGCUGCAUCCAGUGUUACUGGAUUCAAAGCCCAAACUGUUUUUAAAGAAAUUGAGAAAAAACUUCAAGAGGAAGGAGAGGUGUUUGUGAAGAAAAUUGGAGGAGUAUUUGCUUUUAAAGUUAAAGACGGACCAGAUGGGAAAGAAGGACUCUGGGUGGUGGAUGUCAAGAAUGGAAAAGGAUCUGUGGACUUCAAUUCUGAGAAGAAAGCUGACUGCACCAUAACCAUGUCUGAUAAUGAUUUGUUAGCUUUGAUGACUGGCAAGAUGAAUCCCCAGACUGCCUUCUUCCAGGGGAAACUGAAAAUUGCUGGUAAUAUGGGAAUGGCCAUGAAACUUCAGAAUCUACAACUUCAACCUGGCAAAGCCAAACUGUGAGGAUUUAUCACAAGUCAUCUUCAUAACUGUGUAGAAGAACACCAGCCUUUGGCCAUGUGACAUCUUGGUGGCAGGUUGCCAGGGAGGUGGUUAGGAGCUGCUGCCUUCAUCUCUGAAACAUUCUGGAAUAAUGUGCAACAUCUUCUAAUUAAUCUUGAAGUUUAUAAUAUUAGUAUCUUGCUGAGCAGGUUUGACUUUCAACAAAAUGCAAUUAGUUAUAUUCUAACUGAUUCAGUACAUUUCUGAAAAUGAUGUAAAUGUAACUUUGAAUAUAUUUUGUAAAGUGCUUUAUUACCAGCUACAGUAUCUAUCUGUACUAAAUGAGUUCAACAGUUGUUUGUUAAGAUUCAGCUGUCUGAGUUUAAUCUACCCUAAUCCAUAAAUUUAUUAUACUUGCAGUAAUAUUGGGUUUGGGAACCGUCACCUUCGCAAUUCCUUAAUCAGUAAGAUAAAUGGGAUUUAUAACCUACUUGUUCUAGCAUGAUAAGUCAAAGAAUAAAAUUAAAUCGUACUUUA